GGCACUGAGAAACACUGGUGGGGGCGGAGGGCCGCCGAAGUCCCGGGAUUAAAAGACCCGCUUGAGCAAGCAUGGCGGGGCCGCGCCUGCAGGUACCCCGCCUCCAGGGGGUUUCGCAGGAGCAGUUCAUGCAGCUCCUUUACCCGCAGAGAAAACCUCUAGUUUUGGAAGGACUUGAUCUGGGGGCAUGUACCAGCAAAUGGACAGUGGAUUACCUAAGCCAGGUCGGAGGCAGAAAAGAAGUGAAGAUUCAUGUUGCUGCAGUGGCCCAGAUGGACUUCAUUAGUAAGAACUUUGUAUAUAGAACUUUACCUUUUGAUGAGUUGAUUCAGAGGGCAGCUGAAGACAAGCAUAAAGAAUUUUUUAUUUCAGAGGAUGAGAAAUACUAUCUGAGAUCUCUUGGGGAAGACCCUCGAAAGGAUGUCGCGGAUAUCAGGAAACAAUUUCCUUUACUGGAACAAGAUAUUAAGUUUCCCAAAUUCUUCAAAGAGGAACAGUUCUUUUCCAGUGUUUUUCGAAUUAGCUCACCGGGAUUGCAACUUUGGACGCACUAUGAUGUAAUGGAUAAUUUCUUAAUACAAGUGACAGGAAAAAAGCGUGUUAUACUCUUCAGUCCUCGUGAUGCCCAAUACUUAUAUUUAUCAGGUACUAAAUCAGAAGUACUGAAUAUAGAUAACCCAGAUUUAACUAAAUAUCCAUUGUUUUCCAAGGCCAGAAGGUAUGAAUGUUCUCUCAAAGCUGGAGAUGUAUUGUUCAUUCCUGCUUUAUGGUUCCAUAAUGUAAUUUCUGAGGAGUUUGGAGUGGGAGUGAAUGUCUUCUGGAAGCACCUUCCUUCUGAAUGCUAUGAUAAAACAGAUACCUAUGGAAACAAAGAUCCUACAGCAGCAUCAAGAGCUGCACAAAUUUUGGAUAGAGCCUUAAAAACACUGGCUGAAUUACCAGAGGAAUACAGAGACUUCUAUGCUCGGCGAAUGGUCUUACACAUUCAAGACAAAGCCUACAGCAAAAACUUUGAGUAAACAGAUGAUGAAGUAAAUGCAAUGAAUGUAAAUUUUUAUAAUUUAGCUCAAAUGUUGGAGAAGUGACAUUAACAUCAUCUUUUAAAGAUUCUGUGUUCUUAUGGGAAAGAUAAAGCAAUUUCAGGUUUAUAAACUAGCAAGCAUGAAGGGAUAUUUGUAGUUUCUACUUAGGACAGAUUGUUUUGGUGAAGAAUACUGUACUCGAUCCACCCUAGCUUUCAGAUGCAUAUAACUAAAGUCCAAUUUAAAACAAUAAAAGGUAUUGAAUCAUCAUGAAGUUUGCUGAUAGAAUAGGCUUCUAUAUUUCUGAUCCGGUGAUUCACUGGUAUUACAAAGAACCUUUGGGUUUUUUUUCCCUCCCCUCUUUUCAGUGGCAGCAUUGGCAUCAUCUUAAGGCCAGCUAACCUCGUGGUCAUAGAUUGCUUGCCAAUAGCAGUGGGGGCCAUGAGCUUCUUUAUUUACAUGCAGCAGAGGAACCAAACUGGAUUCCAGGGGCCUUCUCUCAGUGGAAGAAAACUUUCCCAGAAUUUGCCUCCAGAUCCUUGGGUCUUACUGUUCUCAGGCAGCAUAGACAUGUACAUCCAAGGCAGUCACUGGCAGAGAGCCAAGAAUAGAAUAAUGCUUUGUCUGGUCAGGUCUGUGGAGCUGAAUGUAGAAUUCUCUUUAUCUGAGGUACAUGAAAAUGGGAUGAUGUGGGUAAAUAUGGGAAAUUUUUAAACAGUUCUGAUAAGAAAGGAAGAAAGGGAAACCAGCAAUGCCGAAUUACAGUAAUCUUUUGAGGUUCUAAAACAUACAGCUAGCUGCCUUGGUCUCAAUGUGUUUAGAAUUUGGUAUAGAUAGCUCUAUAUAUUACCCCUUAGAGGUUGUUCUGAUAUGUAAGAACCAUUGUGCAUUAGAUUACAGUUAUUUGGAUUAUUAGUUUUAUGGUUUGUCUAAAACUGUGAUCCUGUUUCAUUCUUGGUACUGAGUGUAGCUCUUUAUACUUUGAAUGUUAAAAAAUACUGUUUUCAGCAUACAUAGAAACCCGUUUUAAUGUGUACCUAAUGGAUAAACUUUAAAGUUUUCACCAAUUAAUAAUGUUUAGCCAGUCUUACUUAAGAAAAAAAAAUUCUGUUCAUAAAAACAAGUAUGUGGGAUUCUAAUAAUGCUGUGGUUAUCAAAGACAGUAAGCCAUUGUAUGUGGGCUGUACCAUUCUGUUUUGUACUUAGUAUUAUAUUACAAUGUCAUUGAAGAAACACCCAGUACAUUUUCUGAACACAAUGGUACCCACAUAAAAGCCAUCUCAGAGAUAGCAAUUUGGUGCAUAUUAGAGAAAAGAAUCUUUCCUAUUAAUAAUUAUCUGCUGAAUGGCCAGUGCAAUAGUACAGUGACUAGAGCACUUGUCUUGUACAUGGCCAACCCUGGGUUCGAUUUCCCUGACCCCAGUGUCCCCUCAUCUCUUGUCAAGAGUGAACCCUAAGCACUGCCAGGUGUGGUCCCCAAAAUAUACAGAAUUAUCUGCUUAUAUCCUGUAUGUGGAGUUAAUCUCAGAUCACUUGGCACAAAUAAGAAAUGAAAAUUGUAUGAAAAAUUGUUCUUAAUUUUCUAGGUUUCUUUGGAGUUAAUUGUUCAGGCUAACAGAAGGAAUGAAGGAUUUAUAUCUAAUUAUAAAUUUUGGUCUUUCAUUGUUAAAGUAUUACAGUACUGUUUUCUUUGACAGAAAAGUCAAAACCAUUCUGAGUUUGAAAUUAUUUGUUUAUAGUCAGUUCUUUAAUAAGCCCUUCUUGGUUUUGCUAAUUUUCUUUUAAUCAGUAAGAGAGCUGGUACAAAGUAUCUAUGUAGGGUCAUAGAUAGAUGCUUGGGAACUUGGAAAACAUUACAGUUUUGGCAGAGAAUAUUCAUCUUAUUGUUUAUUUGGGAAGCAAACUGACUCUCCUUAUGCAAGUUAAAUAAAACUUUUUGAAGCUUAUUUUCCUUAUUUUCAAAACAGUUAACUAAUAAUUUAUAUGACUGAUUAAAUACAGGAGAAAGUUCAAGGGCAGGCACACAGUUGAAAGCUGGUGUUUGUUUCUAUUUAAUCAUUCUUUCAGGGCCAGAGCAAUAGUCCAGCGGGGAGGGCGUUUGCCUUGCUUGCAGCUUACCCUGGUUCAAUCCCAGCUACCACAUAUGGCCCAGCACUGCCAGGGGCUAAUUCCUGAGUGCAGAGCCAGGAGUAGUCCCUGAGCAUUGCCUGUUGUGACCCAAAACAAACAAGAAAAUCAUACUUUCUUUAUGUAAGAAUCGGGGAUUGUUCCUGUUGUGAUAUUAAAACUGUCCAGGGUCUGGGGCAACAGUACAAUGGGCAGAGCUUUGCCUUGCACAUGACCAACCCAGGUUGGUAUCCUUGGCACCACAUAUGGUCCCCUGAGCCCACCAGCACUGACCCCUAAACAGAGGCAGGAAUAAAUCCUGAGAACUGCCAGGUGUGGCCUAAAACCAAGCCAAAAAUAAGUAAGUUUUUCAGAUUCAAAGAGCUGGAUAAAAUAAAUUGGAAUUAUAGUUGUGACCAAAUUAAUAAUUCCCUGUUAAUACCUCAUUGUGAAUAAACUAUAUGGUUUUGUAGAUUUGGCUACAGUUUGGGGGCUUCACUUGACUCACAAAGUAGUGUUUUUCAUCUGCCAGCAAAACUUCUCACUGAUACAUAGAAAAGGGAUACAAAGACUGAUGAAUAAUUGCCAGCCCAGUAUAGGAUGGAUAUUGUAUAAUUACAGAAACGAGAUGCAGAGAUGUAUGUAUUGACAAGGAAUUUUUUUAAGAUACCAAAUGACAAAAAAAAGACUUGAAAAGUGUUUAAUAUGUGCAUUUGUAUAAAACAAAGACAUGUUCCAAGUAGACAUCUGUGUAUGCAUUGAAUUAUUUACACAAAAAUAAACCACUAUGAUAGC